CGCUGCGCGGGCGACUCGUUGGUCGCGGGGAAGAUGGCGGCGCCGGGGCCGCGGAGCUAGGGCGGGUGUGGGCCGCGGCCGCCUGCCCGGAGAGCCGGCCGCCCUCGCCGUGGGACCUGUGGCCUGCGGGCACGCGAUGGAUCUGGCCUACGUGUGCGAGUGGGAGAGGUGGCCCAAGAGUACCCACUGCCCGUCAGUGCCCCUGGCCUGUGCCUGGUCCUGCCGCAACCUCAUCGCCUUCACCACUGACCUGCGGAACGACGACCAGGACCUCACCCGCAUGAUCCACAUCCUGGACACGGAACACCCCUGGGAUGUGCACUCCGUCAACUCAGAGCACAGCGAGGCUAUCACCUGCCUCGAGUGGGACCAGUCAGGCUCCCGGCUCCUGUCGGCUGAUGCUGACGGGCAGAUCAAGUGCUGGAGCAUGGCGGACCACCUGGCCAACAGCUGGGAAAGCCACGUGGGCAGCCUGGUGGAGGGUGACCCCAUCGUGGCCCUGUCCUGGCUGCACAAUGGCGUGAAGUUGGCGCUGCACGUGGAAAAGUCAGGGGCCUCCAGCUUUGGUGAGAAAUUUUCCCGCGUCAAAUUCUCGCCAUCCCUCACGCUGUUUGGCGGCAAGCCUAUGGAGGGCUGGAUCGCCGUGACCGUCAGCGGCCUGGUCACCGUGUCCCUGCUCAAGCCCAGCGGGCAGGUGCUAACGUCAACGGAGAGUCUGUGCCGGCUGCGCGGCCGUGUGGCCCUGGCUGACAUCGCCUUCACGGGUGGUGGCAACAUCGUGGUGGCCACUGCGGACGGCAGCAGCGCCUCCCCCGUGCAGUUCUACAAGGUGUGCGUGAGCGUGGUCAGCGAGAAGUGCCGCAUCGACACCGAGAUCCUCCCGUCGCUCUUCAUGCGCUGCACCACGGACCUCAACCGCAAGGACAAGUUCCCCGCCAUCACCCACCUCAAGUUCCUGGCCCGCGACAUGUCGGAGCAGGUGCUCCUGUGUGCGUCCAGCCAGACAAGCAGCAUCGUGGAGUGUUGGUCCUUGCGGAAGGAGGGGCUGCCUGUGAACAACGUGUUCCAGCAGAUCUCACCCGUGGUUGGCGACAAACAGCCCAUGAUUCUGAAGUGGCGGAUCCUGUCCGCCACCAACGACCUGGACCGCGUGUCUGCCGUGGCGCUGCCUAAGCUGCCCAUCUCGCUCACCAACACUGACCUGAAGGUGGCCAGCGACACCCAGUUCUACCCCGGCCUCGGGCUGGCCCUGGCCUUUCACGACGGCAGCGUCCACAUCGUGCACCGGCUGUCGCUGCAGAGCAUGGCUGUCUUCUACAGCUCAGCGGCCCCACGCGCCGCGGACGAGCCGGCCAUCAAGCGCCCACGGACCGCCGGCCCCGCCGUCCACUUCAAGGCCAUGCAGCUCUCCUGGACCUCUCUGGCCCUGGUCGGCAUCGACAACCACGGGAAGCUGAGCAUGCUCCGCAUCUCGCCGUCCAUGGGCCACACGCUGGACGUGAGCCUGGCCCUGCGGCACCUGCUCUUCCUGCUGGAGUACUGCAUGGUGACCGGCUACGACUGGUGGGACACGCUGCUGCACGUGCAGCCCGGCAUGGUGCAGAGCCUGGUGGAGAAGCUGCACGAGGAGUACACGCGCCAGAACGCGGCCCUGCAGCAGGUCCUGUCCACCCGGAUCCUGGCCAUGAAGGCCUCCCUGUGCAAGCUGUCGCCCUGCACGGUGGCCCGCGUGUGCGACUAUCACGCCAAGCUCUUCCUCGUGGCUGUCAGCUCCACGCUCAAGUCACUCCUGCGCCCUCACUUCCUCAACACACCUGACAAGAGCCCCGGCGACCGGCUGACGGAGGUCUGCACCAAGAUCACUGACGCCGACAUCGACAAGGUCAUGAUCAACCUGAAGACGGAGGAGUUUGUCCUGGACAUGAACACGCUCCAGGCGCUGCAGCAGCUGCUGCAGUGGGUGGGGGACUUCGUGCUCUACUUAUUGGCCAGCCUGCCCAACCAGGGCUCCCCGCUGCGGCCGGGACACAGCUUCCUGCGGGACGGCACCUCGCUGGGCAUGCUGCGCGAGCUGAUGGUGGUCAUCCGCAUCUGGGGUCUGCUGAAGCCCAGCUGCCUGCCCGUGUACACGGCCACCUCGGACACCCAGGAUAGCAUGUCCCUGCUCUUCCGCCUGCUGACCAAGCUCUGGAUCUGCUGCCGUGACGAGGGCCCCACGAGCGAGCCGGACGAAGCGCUUGUGGACGAGUGCUGCCUGCUGCCCAGCCAGCUGCUCAUUCCCAGCCUGGACUGGCUCCCCGUCAGCGACGGGCUGGUCAGCCGCCUGCAGCCCAAGCAGCCCCUGCGCCUGCACUUCGGCAAGGCGCCCACUCUGCCCACCAGCGCCAGCACCCUGCAGCUGGACGGCCUCAUCAGGGCGCCAGGCCAGCCCAAGAUCGACCACCUACGGAGGCUGCACCUGGGCGCCUACCCCACAGAAGAGUGCAAGACCUGCACCAGGUGCGGCUGCGUCACCAUGCUCAGGUCGCCCAAUAAGACGACGGCCGUCAAGCAGUGGGAACAGAGGUGGAUCAAGAACUGCGUGUGUGGGGGUCUCUGGCGGCGGGUGCCCCUCAGCUACCCUUGACUGAGCCUCACGGUGACAACAUUCCACACUCUGGGCCACGUCCGCUGAAGCCUGUGCCCGUCACUGCACGGGCAGGGAGGACACGGCCUGCAGCCUCAGGGUGCCCGUGCCCCAGCGGGCUCUGCUGUCUCUGCUUCGGAGCCUGACGGCGGCUCCCGUCCCCUGUGCCAGGUGGUGACCCAGACAGGCCUGUGGCUCACGGCCUCGGGCAGGACCACAGCGCACCUGCUGCCCUGACCGGCCCCUGGGCCCCCAGUGGCCCUGCUGGGUGUCCCAGGUCCAGGCUCCCAGGAGCCAGAUAGCCCAGUCUCUGGGGGCGCUGCUUCCGUCCCCUGACCUGUUUUGCCAGCACACCGGGUGGUUUUGGCUUCAACAGGGCCAAUAAACGUGCUCCCGGGUCACAGGUG